AGUCAAAGUUACAAACUAAAGGAAACAACAUGAAAAUCUUUAUAGCUGUGGUUGGCAUCUUAGCCUUGGCCAGCUCUUCUUUAGCCGCUAACAAACGUUGCACUUUGGCUACGGACAUGUAUAACUUGGGAGUACCAAAGGAUCAAUUGGCCGUUUGGACCUGCCUUGCUAAAUAUGAAUCUAGUUAUAAAAAAGAUCUUGUGGGACCUGUUAAUGAAAAUGGCAGCAAAGAUUAUGGCAUUUUUCAAAUAAACAGUAAAUAUUGGUGUAAACCUUCCGAUGGCAGUACCUCCUACAACCUAUGCAAAGUUAAUUGUGAUGAUUUGUUGACUGAUGACAUUACUGCUUCGGUGGCUUGUGCCCGCAAGGUAUUGGAGCGACAGGGUUGGAAAGCCUGGUCUACUUUGUCAAAAUGCCAAGGCACUUUGUCCACCAUUGAUGUGUGUUUUAGUUAAUGUAAAAGUGUAUAAUGACUU